AUGGCGACCUCAUCCUCAAAACCAGCGUGCAAGCACCUUGUUCUCGAUGCUGGACCCCUGCUAUCUUUGUCUCCCCUACGUGGGUUGGCGGAGACAUACUACACCGUACCCCAGGUUCUCGACGAAUUGAAGGACAAGCAUGCCCGAGAGCAUUUUGAACGUCUUGGAUUGUCCGCCGGUGUGCGCAUAGAGGUGAAGGGCCCUGACACUGCAUCUUUGGCAUAUGUGAUCCAGUUUGCGAAGAAGACUGGAGACUACUCCGUCCUCUCACAUGCUGAUUUAUGUAUCUUGGCAUUAACUUACGGUCUGGACGCGCAAGAAGAGGCCAUGGCGAAUGAACUAUCAGAAAAAGAGACUGUGUCUUCCUCUGGACCAUCCACUUCGGAGCCAGAGCCACAGGAUGCAACUGAGAAAGCCGAGCCAGUUGACGACGAAAUCGUCGAACAACCUCCAGAAUCGGGACUCUCUUCGUCAGAAGAGAAUGAUAUAGUUGAAGAUCCGCAACAUCUGCUCGACGAUACACGCGUUGAAGAGGAGGCUAAAGAUGACGCCGCUGAACAAGAGCCCCUUGAUGUCGAGUUGCACAAAAUAGAAGAUGAGACCUGUGUCCAGAACGACACCGCAAAUACCUCGACUGCCCCCGAGCCUCUUCCUUCUCCGUCUCGCGCAUCAGAUCCUGCACCACCGGCAUCGUCUCAACGGUCGGACACACCACCUCUUUACGCAGACCCCUCAGACUCGGACGAUGGCGAAGGCGAAUGGGUCACACCGUCGAACGUCGCAUUGCACAAGUCGCGCGCCCUCGAUCUUCUCCCAUCUGCCGAUGGUACGCGGCGAAAGGGCAAGGACAAACAGGAAACAAUUCCCGUAGGAUGCAUGACCGCCGAUUUUGCUAUGCAGAACGUGCUCUUGCAGAUGGGCCUGGGUCUCGUCGGCGUAGAGGGGAGGCGGAUAGAACGAGUGAAGAGCUGGGUGCUUCGGUGUCAUGCUUGUUUCAAAAUCUGCAAGGACUCUUCGCGGAAGUUCUGCCCAUCUUGCGGAAACCCUACCCUCCUUCGCGCAUCUGUUACCAUCUCGUCACCAAAUGCGAACGCAGACACGCCCGCGAUGCGGGUGCAUCUCAAGAAAAAUUUCCAGUACAAAACGCGCGGUACGAUCUAUUCGAUACCAGCGCCCAAGCCAGGGUCUGCGAAGACAGGACCUGGAGAAGGCUUGAUCCUCCGAGAAGACCAGACGGCGUGGGUGCGCGCUAAGAAGCGUGCAGAUGGGAAACGAGAUCGGGAGGAACGGCGGCUGUUGAACGCGGCAAGUAGGGGUGCGCAGAUGGGUGAGGGCGGGGCAGUCCUGGGGAGCUGGAUGGAUCCUGACUGGGUGCCAGAAAUUCUGAGCACAGGGACAGGAGGCAAGGGAAGAACCAUGCGGAGCAGAGGGAUGGAUGGGGACAUGCCUGUCAUAGGGUACGGCAAGAAAAACCCAAAUGAGAGGAGACGCAAGCCUUGA